CAUCCCUGAUUCUGUCGCAACAAUAUAUUGCGUGUCUGAGCAGUGGGCUUUUGUGCGCGACAACAUUUCUUAUCGAUUACAUACGAAUAUCAUCACUGAUUUUUCUAGCGGCCCCUUUUUCGGAUCUGUGUAGUAGGCUUUAAGCUGUCAGUUUGCCACUGAAGUGACACAAUUUGACAGGGAUUCGUUAAUCAUUUAGUGCUAGUCAAGAAUGUUCGACAUGACGUCCGUGACGAGCUUAUUCCUACGCAGAGGCCCAGUCGCGGAUAUCUUCUUGAGUACGGAGAUCGCGUAUGUGGAUGAAUUGACUGCUGUCGAUCGAGAUGAAAUCAUUACUGCACUGAGCGAGCGCAAGGUGUUGGCGUCGGAGCUAGUGGGCGACGACAAGGAGUGCUCCGUCUGCAAGGAGUCCCACCAGGUGGAUGAUAUACUGAAGAGCAUGCCGUGCAAGCACGAGUUCCACAAGCAUUGCCUCAUCCGCUGGCUGAGGGAGGCUCGAACGUGUCCCUUGUGUCGCUGCAACCUUCAGGGGCGGCAGUUGGUCUACAGACAGUUCAGCCGCUUUAUGGAGAUGCAGUCCGCCCGGACACGCCAUCCUCUUGCAUACCGCAACCGUAGAGCCGCGCAGCUGCACAUGAACCGCCUCAGACAGAGCGUCAUAAGCCAGGGCAUCGAGUCUGACUCCAGUGACACCAGUGAGGAUGAGUCUGACUCCAAUGGGCACCAGGAGCCCUUCCUUAUACGCACACAGCAGCUCAUGAACCGCGCCACACAGAGCUUAGGCAACAGCGCAAGUGGCCAGGGUGACACUAACAGGUCUGACUCCAACGGCACCAAUGCGGACGCGUCCAACAGCAUCAGCGAGGGCGACUCCAACCGCCGCGAGAACUAGUUCAGUUCGAAUUAUUGUUGGUAUCUGCCUUUACGACAGAAAAAGUGUCAUUUCAUGUUGAAAAAUUAUAAAUACAGAUAAUCAAUGGUA